AUGGGCGACACAGAAUGGAGGCUGCGAGACGAGGAGAAAUCGAGGGAGGCGGCUCUGCUGCCAGGGAAGAGGAGGGAAGAGAGAGGAGACGAGGUCGAUGUUGUCAGCUCUGAGAGUACUCUGGGAUGGCGGACGGCGGUUGGAGGGACCUCUGCAGAUGCUACUGUAGGGUACAAGCGCAGCACAGACAUCCUGGGGGUUUGGCAGGGCAGGGCAGGGCAGGCAGGGCAGACAGGCAUCGAGGCAGGUAAGGAAAAGGCAGGCCGACGGGCAACUGCCUGGUCCGUCCGCGCACAAGGGUAG